AUGGACAAUUAUGGUUCAGACGGCAGUACCGAUGGCAGUAAAAAUCGUCCAGACAAAUCCAAGUCCAGAACGCGGACAAAAACUGGCUGCAUCACCUGCAGGAUACGUCGCGUGAAGUGUGAUGAGGCCCGACCUAAAUGCAACAGAUGUAUUCAGUCCAAGCGCGAGUGCGAUGGCUACCUCCCUGCGCAGGCUCAGCAAGGGGGUCUUUCAGGUCAUGCCAUGGAACGAGGGAGCCCGUCAGUCCAGCAUCUUUCCCGCCGUGCACUCACACUCGCCGUCCGCCAGCUCAAUUAUGUUGGGCCGGUAUCACGCGUCCUAGCAACUGGUCCUCAAGUACCAGGGGACGCCGUGUCCUGCUUCGACUUCUUCCGCUUCCGUGUGGGUUCCGUGGCCCCGACGGCAAGAUACGAUCCCUUGGGCAACCAGCACGGAUUCUGGGACCGCACUCUGCUACAAACUGCCCACGUGGAGCCGGCAGUAUGGCACGCUGUAGCAGCACUCGGUGCACUUCAGCGAAAAUGGGAGGUUGUGUCUCGGCUUUCUCAAGACUCUUUCUCCCAAAAUGAGGGGGGAUACAGCGACAGCGGAUCGUCAGUCGACAGAGAUACUGGCAAGUUUGAAGACGCAGAUCAAAAAACAUCGCAAAUGGACUCGAUCUCAGUCCAAUUGGCUAGCCAAGCUAGCAAAAGCUAUAUCCAAGCUUUGAAGAUCUCCAGCUCUAUCACCGACGUCAACGCUAUACUAGUCCUCAGUAUUGCGUUGGCUGCAGUCUCUAAUCUCACGGGGAAAUGGGUUGAUAGCCAAGUCCACAUUCUCGCAGCAGCCAAGCUCGUUGAUCAACUUGCAGACGAAGCCAAAGGAAGACCGGUCUCAGAACUGAAUAUCAACGACGCGGCUGAUAGUCUGGCGGGACUGGAUCUACAAUGGCUAACUUUCCAAACUUCACAAGCACCUUACCCAUAUCUCAAAAACCAGCUACUUGGCCAUGCGCUAAGGAGGGCCAAAGAGAUCAAGAGCCUUACACAUGCCCAUGAUUUACUGAUGGGCAUUAUGAGGCAGAUUUGGCUUGAAGCAGGCAGUCCCGACACAGAGCAGCCCAACAAUGAUAAUGCUCACCAAAGUGACAUCAAUAUAUUGGCAGACUUGGCGGAGUGGGAACAGAAGAUGCUUCAAUUCUUAAGUCGUACCAAUGUAAAGGAGCCGAGCCCAACCCUAAUCUUCCUCAAGAUCUGCCACACAACAGUCCAUCUCAUUAUACUCGCCGGCAUCACAAAACCGGAUUAUAACGAGCUAUCCUGGGAUGCCCAUCUUGCUUAUUUUGAGCGCAUUAUCGCGCUAAGCGCUCUUUACAUUCAGUCAGAGGUCUACAAGAAUCCACUUCUCCCGUCGGUGGUUUCUCUGGACGGCCCAGGAAUAAUUAUGUCACUCUGGCUAGUCAUCUUCCGCUGCCGUCAUCCCCUUUUACGAAGACGGGCCCUUGGGCUCCUUCGCGCUUCAAGAAGGCAGGAGGGCGUAUGGAUGAGCACAAGCGCGGCAGCCGUGGCACAGAGACUCGUCGAAGUCGAGGAGGCUGGGCUUGGAGGGACAAUGGGCUCCUGGGGUCCUGUGUCAGAGCCCGCAUUCUGUUCAUUGGAGCCCGUCACAUUGUUUGAGCAAGAUUGGCUGAAGCAAUUUGAAGCUGAGGAUCUUGAUCCGCGAACUUGGGUCUUGGGAGCGGGGAGUUGGACGGCCAGAACGAGCUGGGAUUUGCCUGCAGCGGAUCUGAUUCCACUGGAGAAGCGGAUCAUAGAGAUCUGGACAUUCGCUCAGCCUUACGAUCCUAGGAAGGGGAAAUCUGAGGCCGAAAUCACACUUUACUUCGUGGAUCCCGACAUGCCAGGCAACGUAAAGCAGCAAAUCAUCUCAGUCAAUUUUUGA